AUGUCUGAGCCUGUUGAAUCUAAGCAAGUCACAGCUAAUGGCGGUGGUGAUGCAAGUGUAAGAACACGGAAGCCAACUGAGAAGGGACUUCAACAUCAGUUGGAUGCUAAGCUUAAAGUCUGGAAAAGUUCUAUUACUAAAUGGAGAAGGCUUUCUAACAAACUUAGAGAGCUUCUAGUUGAAGAUGAUGUUGAAUCUUCGGUGAUUAAAGAUGGCCGUGAUAAUUUGCAAUCAGCCAUGGACAACGUCAUCUCAGUGCAGGAGAGUUUAGCUGAAUUGUCUUCAUCCAUGAAUGUUAACGAUGGCAGUGAGGAGAAAUUGGAUGAAAUUGAAGAGGAACAUUCUUCCUUGAUGAAGGACACUUUAAAGAUGCUUCUUGCACUACGAGGCGAAAUGUCUUCACAUAAAGGAACUUCUCACUUGUCCGUCUCGUCAACAUCACAAAGGUUGUGCCAGGAUUGGGUAGAUGAUUCAAGGAAGGUAAAUUCUCCAAAGGAAAGGGACAUUACCACGAUGAGAAGGAUUGAUGAACCAACCGAUGAUCCUGAAGCAGUGUCGCACAAGAAUACGCAUACAUCAAGCCCUCAUAAAGAAGAAGUUGCCCUUGCUAGUAGUUUGACGGAACUUCUUCGCUUGAACAGACUUCCAAUACCUGAGCCUGGAGUUUUCGAUGGUAAUCCACUAGAAUACACAUCAUGGAAGCGAAGCUAUGAUGCUCUCAUUGAACAUCGCGGUAUUCCAGCCGGAGAGAGAUUUUACUUCCUGCUGAAGUAUCUUAAAGGUGCACCAUUGGUGUUAGUGAAAGGAUACUCCAUGCUAGGAGAUGACGCUGCAUAUGUGGAAGCCAUGAAGGUGUUACAAGAGAGGUAUGGAAAUCCCUUUGUUAUUUCAAAUGCCUUCCGGGACAAACUUGAUGACUGGCCUAAAAUCAGCCCCAAGGACUAUUUAGGUCUUCGGAGAUUUGGGGAUUUUCUUCACCAGUGUUGUACAGCAGCCAGAUAUGUCCAUCACUUACAUCAUUUGGAUGAUGAAAGAGAGAACAAAAAAUUGAUGAGCAAACUGCCUGAUUGGCUAAUCACAAGAUGGGGCAGGAAUGUAGUCAAAUGGCGGCAAGACAGAGGAUCCUUUCCUCCCUUUUCUGUCUUCACCGCAUUCAUCAGUGAUGAGGCAGAUAUCGCUUGUGAUCCGAUCACUUCUAAUCAGACGUCCUUAAAAGAUAGGAGACAGCAGUCUUCUAAUGUGAGAACAUUAUCGACCAGUGUGCAGGGACAGCAAGCAAAUGGAGGGAAAGGAAAAUGGAAACCCCUUUGCACUUACUGUAAGGGAGAACAUCAUCUUGCUACUUGUAAAUCCUUCAUGUCACAGACAUUAGAUCACCGAACCAAAUUUGUUUUCGAUCAUGGUCUGUGCUUCGGAUGUUUAAGGUCCGGUCAUCUAUCUAAGAAUUGUAAGAAGAGGUCAUCAUGUUCAACAUGCAAAAGACGUCACCCCACCGUUCUGCAUGAUGAAAACUGGACAGAAAGACAACAAUCUAAGAGAGCUGAAAUAAAGAAUGAAGCUGAGGAAACUCAAACCACAAGAUCUCAUGCUUCAACCAUGAAGGACAAUCACAAAUCUCUAAAGACGUCUACUAUAGUUCCUGUGUGGCUCUCGCAUGAAUCAGUACCUGGGGAGAGGUUAGUGUAUGCUAUGCUGGACACUCAGUCAGACACUAGCUUCAUUUUAGAUAGGACUAAGGAAGCAAUGGGCAUUGAAGGAAUAGCAGUCAACUUGCUUCUUUCGACCAUGACGCUGGCCAAUGAGAGAAUUUCGAGUGAAAAGAUCAGUGGACUUAGGGUUCGAGCAUUCAAUGGACGAGAAGAAAUUUGUCUGCCCCCAACUUACACUCGGAAUAUUAUGCCGGCAAAUCGAGAACACAUACCAACGCCAGACAUUGCUAAGGCGCACCCUCAUCUUAACGACAUAGCCAAACAUUUGAUCCCCCUUCAAGAUUGUGAGAUUGGACUUCUCAUUGGCUAUGAUUGUGCAAGGGCCCUCACUCCGCGAGCUGUGUUAAGCUCCCCUAAUGAUGGUGGACCAUUUGGAUUACAAACUGAUCUUGGAUGGAGUGUUGUCGGUACAAUGGAACCAAACUAUCAUGACAGUGCGCAUGAUCAUAUUGGAAUUAGUCAUCGCGUUAUGGUGCACGUUAUUCCAGAAGAAUUGCAAAUAGAUGGUCAUCCAACCACAGUUACCUUCAGCCAUCAAUCAAGGAUUAAGGAGGAGAUUACUCCAUCUCAAGUCAUACGUCUUUUAGAAGCAGACUUUGCAUCAGAGAAAAGACAAAGGCCAUAUUCGAGGAAUGACUUGAGAUUUCUAGAGAUAAUGGAGCAUCAAGUUCACGUGUCUGAAAGUGGUCAUUAUGAGAUGCCCCUGCCAUUCCGUGACGAUAACCCUACUCUUCCAAAUAAUAGGAUCCUUGCUGAGAAAAGACUUAAUCACCUCAAGGCAAAGUUUAAGAAGGAUCCUGAAUAUCAUGAACAAUACACAAAACAAAUGAAUACCCUCUUCAAUAGCAACUAUGCAGAGGUCGCAUCAGAGUCUGGAGAAGAGGGUAAAGUAUGGUACAUUCCCCAUCAUGGAGUGAAACAGCCCAACAAGUUGAGAGUUGUUUUUGACUGUAGCUCGCAGUUUAGAGGAACUUCAUUGAAUGCUCACUUGUUAACAGGACCGGACAUGACUAAUACCCUCACCGGUGUUCUUUGUCGAUUCAGGAAAGAAGUCACGGCCUUCAUGUGUGACGUGAAGGAAAUGUUCCACCAAUUCCAGGUAAACAAAGAGCACAGAAAUUACCUCCGGUUUCUAUGGUGGUUAAACGGAGAUGUUAGUCGCCGACUUAGUGACUGCCAGAUGAACGUUCAUCUUUUUGGUGCCGCGUCUUCGCCUGGCUGUUCGAACUUUGCAUUGAAGCAGAUUGCAAAGGACUAUGCAGAUGAGUUUGGACACGAUGCAUCAGAUUUCAUACAGAAUGACUUCUACGUAGAUGAUGGGUUGAAAUCUGUAUCAACCGAAGAUGAAGCCAUUGAUCUCAUCACGAGGACGAGAAAGAUAUGUGAACGUGGAUGUCUUCACCUACAUAAGAUCGUAUCCAACUCCAGAAAGGUAAUGCAAUCAGUUCCAGUUGAUGACAGAGGAAAGGACCUCAAGGAAUUGAAUCUUUUGCAAGACACUUUGCCUGUGGAAAAAGCUCUCGGAGUUCAAUGGUGCAUUGAAUCAGAUAAAUUUCAAUUCAGGAUCAACUUUCAGGAUAAACCACUGACUCGCAGAGGAAUCCUGUCUACAGUCAUGUCAGUGUAUGAUCCUCUAGGACUAUUAGCUCCUAUAAUACUUCCUGCGAAGCUGAUUCUCCAAGAAUUAUGUCGAACUUCUGCUGAAUGGGACGACCCCUUAUCUGAUGCACUCAAAGCUAAGUGGGAGCAGUGGAAGACCGACAUUCUCCAACUUCAGUACAUCUCCAUCGAUAGAUGCUACAAACCAAAAGACUUUGGAGAAAUCAAAGAUGUCCAACUUCAUCACUUCAGUGAUGCUAGUAACGCCGGUUAUGGGCAGUGUACAUACCUGAGACUUACAAAUAAAGAAGACAAGGUGCACUGUACUCUGGUGAUGGGAAAAUCUAGGGUCACUCCUAUCAAGACGGUAACCGUGCCCCGACUAGAGUUAACGGCAGCCCUGCUAUCUGUGAAAAUGAGUUCCUUUCUGCAAAAUGAACUCGAUUUUGUAAAUGCCAAGCAUUUCUUUUGGACUGAUAGCAGAGUAGUUUUAGGCUACAUUAAGAAUGAAGCAAGACGAUAUCAUGUUUUUGUAGCCAAUAGAGUGAGUCAGAUCAGAGACGAGUCACUGCCUUCACAGUGGCAUCAUAUUGACACCAGAAAUAACCCUGCUGAUACGGCUUCAAGAGGACUCGCUGUCAAUCAGAUAGAGCAAUCGAGAUGGUUAACUGGUCCCAAAUUCCUGUGGGAGAAGGAAAUUCCAACUGUUGAAAGUAAGGAUGAUGGUGAAAUGCUUCCUAAUGACCCAGAAGUGAAGCUAACUCAAGCUCAUGCUGCUUUCAAGAAGAAUGAUGAGUUUGAGCUGGAACGACUAGACCGCUUUUCCAGUUGGCAUCAAACCAGAAGGGCUGUAGCAAAUUGUCUCAGACUAAAGUCCUACUUGCGAAGACGGUGUGAACAGAAGCAUCAGAGAGCUAACCAGAGGAGCGAUGCUAAGAAGAUAAUAAUUGAACCUAUGUCUGCCGAAUUACUUCUCCAAGCAGAAAAGGAGAUAAUAAGGCAUAUACAAAGAAAAGCAUUCCAUGAUGAAAUUCAAAGACAGGAAGUUAUGAACGAUUCCACUCAGACAUCUCGUGAGAAGAGACGUCAUUCUAAGACUACUAGCCGUCUACAUCAACUCGACCCAUUUCUAGAUGGUGAGAACAUCCUGAGAGUAGGAGGUCGCUUGAGAAGGUCUGAAACCUCGUUCACAAACAAACAUCCCGCAAUCAUACCUCAAAGUCAUGUUGCAGAUCUGAUUGUAUCUCAUUGUCACGAAGCGGUUGCUCAUCAGGGAAGAGGUAUGACUACUAACUGUAUCAGAUCCCAUGGUUAUUGGAUAUUAGGUUGCAGUAAUCUUGUAUCCAAGCUCAUCUCUCGAUGUGUUACCUGUCGGAAACUACGACGACCAACUCAGAUACAAAAGAUGGCGGACCUACCAAAGGAUCGUCUAGCCUCUGAACCGCCAUUUUCUUACUGUGGUAUGGAUUGCUUUGGACCAUGGGUGAUCAGAGAAGGCAGAAAGGAGGUAAAGAGAUAUGGCCUUCUCUUUACUUGUAUGUCUUCACGUGCAAUCCACAUAGAAGUACUAAACUCAUUGUCCACUGAUGCUUUCAUUAAUGCCCUUCGACGUUUCAUCUCUGUUCGUGGUCCUGUUCGUCAACUGAGGUCGGACAGAGGGACAAAUUUUGUUGGUGCCGAGAAUGAACUCAUGAAGGCCUGGAAGGAGAUGAAUCAUGAGAAAGUUAAACAGCAUUUGCUUAGAGAAGGAUGCGAUUACUUUGACUUCGCCUUCAACUUCCCCUACUCAAGCCACAUGGGAGGAGCUUGGGAGAGGCAAAUACGUACUGUUCGUAGAGUCUUGGAAGCAUUGCUGUGUAAAAAUAGUCAGCAACUGGACGACGACUCACUGCGAACAUUGCUAUGUGAGGCAGCAGCUAUUGUGAAUAGUCGUCCACUGUCUGUAGAAUUCCUGAACGAUCCAUCUCACCUAGAGCCCAUAACUCCAAAUCUAUUGUUGACUCAAAAAUCAAGGGUAAUACUUCCGCCGCCUGGUAUUUUUCCUCGGGAGGACUUAUACGCAAAGAAACGCUGGAGAAGAGUUCAACAUCUAGCAAAUGAGUUUUGGACUCGCUGGAGAAAGGAAUUCCUUAGUCAACUCCAAUCAAGAAAUAAAUGGACUGUUCCACAGCGCGACAUGAGGAUUGGUGAUAUCGUGUUAAUCAAAGAUGAGAAUGUUCCCAGAAAUAUGUGGUCUCUGGGUAGAAUUGUUGAAACGUAUGCCUCCGGUGACACUCAUGUUCGCAAAGUGAAAAUUGCAAUAGGUAAUUCGAAACUGAACAAUCAAGGAAAGCGUGAUUCUCCACUGUGUCAUCUCGACCGCCCAAUUCAUAAACUGGUUCUUUUGAUCGCGCAAGAAGACCAAGUGUAA